ACACACACCACCCAUAUUGAAGGGGAUUGUCUCCAAAUUUGCACCUUGUGAGUAGUGUAGGACAUAAUCCUUUUGGGAGCAAACAGCCGGUGGUCAUAGUCUCCAACACCAGAAGUGCUGUAACUCCAAUUUUCUCUCUCUCACUCUGUGUCUUCACAGAGAGUGUACGAAGUAGCUAUUGUUGGUUUAAACAUGGGCACUGAUAAGAAGAAAAGCAGUAAUCUUGGGUCCAUUAAAUCGAUUUUCAUGCAUGCAGACCGUGUAGAUUCGUUGUUGAUGAUUCUUGGGUUUAUUGGAUCCAUUGGAGAUGGAUUUUCUACCCCACUAGUGUUGCUUGUAACUAGUAAAUUAAUGAACAAUAUUGGCGGUGCUUCUCCUUCUGCAAAUAAUUUCUCUCAGAACAUCAACAAGAACGCGGUGGCGCUUUGUUAUGUGGCUGUUGGACAAUGGGUUGUUUGUUUCUUAGAGGGAUAUUGUUGGACAAGAACAGGAGAAAGGCAAGCUACCAGAAUGCGGGCGAGGUAUUUGAAAGCAGUACUAAGACAAGAAGUGGGUUAUUUUGAUUUGCAUGUAACAAGUACAGCAGAGGUCAUUACAAGUGUUUCAAAUGAUAGCCUAGUAAUUCAAGAUGUUCUAAGUGAAAAGGUACCAAAUUUUCUGAUGAAUGCUUCCAUGUUCUUCGGUUGCUACAUUGCUGGGUUUGUGAUGCUCUGGAGGCUAGCAAUUGUGGGGUUUCCUUUUAUUAUCCUUUUGGUGAUUCCUGGUUUGAUAUAUGGGAGGACUUUGAUGGAAUUGGCAAGAAAGAUAAGAGAAGAAUAUAAUAAGGCAGGUACGAUAGCUGAGCAGGCAAUAUCUUCAAUUAGGACUGUGUAUGCCUUUGUUGGGGAAAGCAAAACUAUAUCUGCAUACUCUGCAGCUCUUGAAUUUUCAGUGAAGCUGGGACUCAAACAGGGUCUAGCUAAGGGCUUGGCCAUUGGAAGCAACGGUGUUGUUUUUGCUAUUUGGGCUUUCAUGUCUUAUUAUGGCAGCAGAUUGGUCAUGUACCAUGAUGCUCGUGGAGGAACUGUUUUUGCUGUUGGUGCUUCUAUUGCUGUUGGUGGAUUAGCCCUCGGUGCUGGCUUAUCCAAUGUGAAGUAUUUCUCUGAAGCAUGUUCAGCUGGAGAAAGAAUAAUGGAAGUGAUAAGAAGAGUACCAAAAAUUGAUUUAGAAAAUAUGGAAGGUGAAAUUUUGGAAAAUGUAAGAGGCGAAGUUGAAUUUAAGCAUGUAGAAUUUGCAUACCCAUCAAGGCCAGAAAGUAUAACUUUGAAAGAUUUUAGCCUAAAUAUUCCUGCAGGCAGGACUGUGGCUUUGGUGGGAGGUAGUGGUUCAGGCAAAUCAACAGUAAUAGCACUACUGCAAAGAUUUUAUGACCCACUUGGUGGGGAAAUACUUGUUGAUGGGGUUUCUAUUGACAAGUUGCAACUCAAGUGGCUAAGGUCACAAAUGGGUUUAGUGAGCCAAGAACCAGCACUAUUUGCAACAAGUAUUAAAGAAAACAUACUAUUUGGCAAAGAAGAUGCCACGAUAGAACAAGUUAUUGAAGCUGCUAAAGCUUCUAAUGCUCAUAAUUUCAUUUGUCAGUUGCCUAAUGGUUAUGAUACUCAGGUUGGCGAGAGAGGAAUUCAAAUGUCAGGAGGACAAAAACAAAGAAUUGCCAUUGCAAGAGCGAUAAUCAAGGCACCAAGAAUCCUCCUUCUUGAUGAGGCAACAAGUGCAUUGGACUCUGAAUCUGAACGUAUUGUCCAAGAGGCCCUAGACAAGGCUGCUGUAGGGCGCACCACCAUUGUCAUUGCUCACCGUCUCUCCACCAUUAGAAAUGCUGAUGUGAUCGCUGUUGUUCAAAAUGGCCAGAUUAUGGAAACAGGGUCUCAUGAUGAAUUAAUUGAAAAUGAAGAUGGACUAUACACUUCAUUAGUCCGUCUUCAACAAACAGAAAAAGAUAAAACUACGGAAGAUGAUCACUUGACAGCUUCCUCUUCUUUAAUUUCCAAAAUGGACAUGAAUAACACAAGUAGUCGAAGAUUAUCGCUAGUGAGUAGAUCAAGUUCUAAUAAUUCAAUGGCUCCAAGUGGAGCUUCCUUUGCUGGAGAAAAUGUACAGGUAGAGGAAGAGCAAAAAUUUCCGGUACCCUCAUUUCGGAGAUUGCUAGCAUUGAACUUGCCAGAGUGGAAACAAGCAAGUUUUGGAUGUUUAGGGGCAAUAUUAUUUGGAGGAGUUCAGCCAGUAUAUGCAUUUUCAAUGGGGUCAAUGAUAUCUAUAUAUUUUUUGAAGGACCAUAAUGAGAUCAAGGAACAAAUAAGGAUGUAUGCAUUAAUCUUUCUGGGGCUAGCAAUCUUCUCACUGAUUGUUAACAUCGUUCAACAUUACAAUUUUGCAUAUAUGGGUGAAUAUUUGACCAAGAGGAUAAGAGAGAGGAUGCUUUCAAAGAUACUCACUUUUGAAGUUGGUUGGUUUGAUCAAGAUGAGAAUUCUAGUGGUGCAAUUUGCUCUAGACUUGCCAAAGAUGCCAAUGUGGUGAGGUCUCUAGUAGGUGAUAGAGUGGCUCUUGUUGUACAAACAGUCUCAGCUGUAAUCUUAGCCUGCACUAUGGGCCUUGUAAUUGCUUGGAGGCUUGCUGUUGUGAUGAUAGCGGUCCAACCCUUAAUUAUUGUUUGCUUUUAUACGCGCCGAGUUCUGCUCAAAAGCAUGUCCCAGAGAGCCAUUAAAGCCCAAGAUGAGAGCAGCAAGAUCGCCGGAGAGGCAGUGUCCAACCUUCGGACCAUUACUGCCUUCUCCUCCCAAGAUCGGAUCCUGAAAAUGCUCGAAAAAGCCCAAGAAGGCCCUCAAAGGGAAAGCAUAAGACAAUCAUUGUUUGCAGGUAUUGGGCUUGGCACCUCCCAAAGCUUAAUGUCUUGUACAUGGGCUCUUGACUUUUGGUAUGGUGGAAAGCUCAUUUCACAAGGGUACAUAACUGCGAAAGACCUAUUUGAGACGUUCAUGGUGUUGGUGAGCACAGGCCGUGUCAUAGCCGAUGCUGGAAGCAUGACCACGGACUUAGCCAAGGGCGCGGACGCCGUUGGAUCUGUCUUUGCUGUAUUAGACCGGUAUACAAAAAUUGAGCCCCAAGACCCCGACGGUUUUGAGCCUGAAACCAUAAUGGGCAAUGUCGAGCUUCGAGAUGUGGACUUUGCAUAUCCAGCUAGGCCCAAUGUGAUAAUCUUCAAAAGCUUCUCAAUUAAAAUUGAAGCAGGGAAAUCAACAGCAUUGGUUGGACAAAGUGGUUCAGGAAAAUCAACUAUAAUUGGAUUAAUUGAGAGAUUUUACGAUCCACUUAAGGGCGUUGUGAAAAUUGACGGUCGAGAUAUAAGAUCAUAUCAAUUGAGAUCAUUGAGGAAAUACAUUGCUCUAGUUAGUCAAGAACCUACAUUAUUUGCGGGCACAAUCAAGGAAAACAUAGUGUACGGUACAUCGGAUAAAAUCGAUGAAUCAGAGAUCAUCGAGGCCGCUAAGGCAGCGAACGCUCAUGAUUUCAUCGCUGGAUUACGGGAUGGAUACGACACGUGGUGUGGGGACAGAGGAGUGCAACUAUCAGGAGGGCAGAAGCAACGUAUUGCAAUAGCGCGUGCAAUACUGAAAAAUCCAUCGGUUUUGCUAUUAGAUGAGGCUACUAGUGCGCUAGAUAGCCAAUCAGAAAAGGUGGUCCAAGACGCGCUAGAGCGCGUGAUGGUUGGGAGGACAAGUGUGGUUGUAGCACAUAGGCUUAGUACCAUACAGAGCUGUGAUCUUAUUGCCGUUUUGGAUAAAGGGCAGGUCGUUGAACAAGGGACCCACUCGUCUUUGUUGGGUAAGGGACCCACUGGAGCUUACUUCUCGUUGGUUAGUCUCCAAAGGGGACCACAUAAUUCCAAUGACAAUUCUUAGUCAUACAUUUAACUCGGUGGACCGGUAGUGGCGAAAUUAGUAUUUUUCUUUUUUUUAUUUUGUCUUCUUUUUUUUUUUUUUACCAUGCUGUGUGAGAAUUUAGGAUAUUUAAAUUGUGAUAAUAAUAGUAAAUUUUAUAUGUAAAAUAUGUAUAUAUAGAAGAAAUAUAUAAAUAUGUUUAAUUUACUAAAUA